ACUGAAUGUGGAAAUAGAAUGACUGCUGGAAAAAAUGUUCUUGACUCGGAAAACAAUCAGGACAAAGCUGGUGUUACUGAGGAACAACGCGGAGUAAGCACAAUUAUGACUCUAGAAGAUCGCCAAGCUUUGAGAAAAAUGAUGGCAACAUCAGCGAAAAUCAAAUUCGGUAGUGUAGCCCUUAAGAAAUCUCGCAAUGAUUUGCUGAUAGAGAUUAUCUAUGAAGGACCUAGGGAAGCAACCAAGGAAGAUCCAGUUAGGCUUUAUUUUGACGUGGAAGUUGAUCCUCCAAAGGAAUAG